GUGUAUGUGUGACGCGGACACAACUUAGUCAACGCCGGGCAAUGCCGGACAUGCGCAACUUCCCGCGCCAAAAGGCCAUCUGGCUUCGCACCAACGCGCGUCGCCAAGCCUUGAGCAAGCAUGAUACUGAUUACCUGCAUCUAAUUCUUGCAUACAAUUACAAGACUAACACGCCAGUUUACAAAACUACUUGACUUUCUGCAGCCAGUAGCACUUCUAUUCGGUCUCUUUCGCAGAUAUGUUCUCAGCUUAGGCGUGCAUCCGUGUAUCAAGCGCUUAAAAGCACAGGCGGGCGCGGGCGGUGGCGGUGGGCGCGAGGGCAGAAACACAGCUGUUUCUUUGCUGCUGACGCCUUUGCAAGGGCCAAGGCGUUUUCACUGAAAGCGGCGAAGCCCCCUGGAAAUUGGCUGUUCCACCUGCGGCGAUCCAGCCACGCACGGACGGGGCAAUCACUUGCGCGCUGCCUCGCCUCAGUCGUUGGGCACCGCAGGACGACAGCCUUGUUACCCUGCUGUCAAGCAAUCAGCCAGCAUCGGAAUGGCCAGGCAUCGCGAACGCGCGCGUGUCUCGCUGUAACUCUGCGUGGCAGUUCGCGCCAACCGCCCGGACACAGCUCGGCCAUCAUCAUGGACAGCGGCUGCGGGCCACGCCCCGCUGUCGUUUGCAGCGCAGCAGCCACGUUAAUUCAGGCGAGUGCUGCAGGCGGUCCUAUAGUCUGGAGAUGCGCCGGCUGCGGAAAGCCGGGGAGAGCACCCCAGGCGUCGUGUUCGGCUCUAGCCGCCGCACAGGCGAGCAACUGCUGCUGCGGCGCCAGCACAAGCGGAGGGCAUAGAGCGGCCGCGUGGGCACGCGGCGGCGUCACGAGCCCCUGCUCGCAAACGGCGGCAGGUGCAAGCAAUAGCAGCUGCUGCAUCUGGGGUUAUGCGGAUGUGCCACGGCGUACCUGCAGCCAGGCAGCGCCUUUGUCGGAGGCCAGUUGCCACGGCAGCAGCAGCACCAGCAGCAGCACCAGCGAGGACGACGCCACUCAGCGGCCGAGCAGCUGCGAGGCAUGCUGCAGCUGCGGUAGCAGGAUCAGGGAAGCUGCACACGAUGCAGCGUACAGCACCCGCCUCGGCAAACAGAACAUCGGGGGCUGCCGGGACCAGCGCUCGCAGUGGCGUCACAGCACAGCACAGCCGACCGCCCCGGCUGUGGCCGGCGCAUCAGCGGCGAAAGCACCAGGGAAACACGAGUCGGUGGGUACAGCCGCCGCGUGGAGCGCAGCAGUGCGACGGCCCUGCCGGGCGGCGCUGCUUGUGCUGUUGGCGUGGCUCACGUUCACGGCAUCCCCCGCUGCAGCUGCGGCAACGGAAGCUGCCGCCGGCAUCGGCACCGGGGGCGCUGGAAUGGUGGCUGUUGCGGAGGGGCCCCGCUGGGUGCCGCACCGGCUGGACGGCGGCGCCACGUACACAACUCUGGAUGCGACAGCCAAGUACGAGAGGCAAGAGGCGGUGGUCUCAUCGCGACAGAUGCUGCAGGCAGCGCCCGUGUACCCGCCGCCGGUGCUGCCCACAGCAGCACCGCCGAUGGCGCCGCCGCCGGGGCCACCAUCGCCGAUGCCAGUGCUCCCUGGCAUCCCGCCGCCGGAGAGCCCCGAGCCUGUUGUGCCGCUGCCGAGCCCCCAGCCGUCGCCGGUGCAGCCGGCGCCAUUGCCAUCGCCAGACGGCCUAGGCACUGCGGACGCGCCGCCGCCGCCGCCGGCCAGCCCGGUCGUCAGCCCCAGCCCACCUGACGCACCUGAUGUUGCGUCUCUGCCCGCGCCCCGGAACUGCCGGCGCAACUGCCCGCCGCCGGAGGCGCCCGAGCCGCGCCGGCCACGCCGCCCAAAGCAGCCGCCGCCCGCGCCGCCACCGGAUUUGCCAACGGCAACACGGCCACCGGCGCUGCCGGCGAUGCCGCCGAGUCCGCCGUCGGACACAAACGGUGAGGGUAACCCUGGCUUGCCAAAUUUCCCUGACCCCAGCCCACCUGUGCCCGAAUUGGCACAGCCGCUGUCCCCCGAGCUUGUUGCUCCCCCGCCCUUGUCAUUGCCACCCGCGCCACAACCGCCCCAAAGUCCAUCAUCACCCGUGCCAACUGCACCCACACCUCCGUCCCCGGAGCCGCCAUUGCCUCCGUCACCCUUUCUCCUAGCUCCCCAACAACCAACCCCGCCGGCGUCCCCAGCUCCGCCCCAGCCACCCUCGUCACCCUGGCCACCGCCACCUUUCUUGCCACCAUCUCCACUGCUUCUACCAUCACCCGCCCCGACGUCCCCCGAGCAUCCUUCGCCAGCGCCACUCUCGCCUCCACUCCUCCCACCAUCCCCUGAGAUUUUAAAUCCAAGCCCGGCCCCACUGACACCGCCGGCCAGUCCGCCGCCGUCAUUGCCGGUGCCACUGCCGCUAUUUAACCCGGCGCCGUCCAGCCCGGCGGCGCCACCGCUUGAGCCGUCCGCCUCGCCACCGCCUCCGAGGCGGCCGCGCCGCCCAAAGCCUUCGUCGCCGGCUCCUCCCAGCCCAGAGCCCAGCGUGCCGCCGCCUAGCCUGCCGCCACCGCCACCACCUAGCCCUGCGCCUGGGACGCCUUCUCAAAGUCCCAUGCCUCUCAGCCCGGCGCCUGCAGCCCCAGUGCCGCCCAGCCCGGCGCCACCCAGCCCCGAGCCACCCAGCCCUGUGCCGCCCAGUCCAGAGCCCGGAACUCCGUUGCCCGGCGCCUACAUUCCCAGCUCCGAGCCCGGCGCCGCCCAGCCCAGUGCCACGCGCCCCCCUGCCCAGCCCCGCUCCGCCCAGCCCGACCCCUGGGACCCCUCCUCCAACCCCAACGCCACCAAGCCCGGCCCCGCCCAGCCCGGCCCUCCCGCGCCGCAGCCCGUGCCGCCCGCACCCGCGCCGCCGCCGCCGCCGUGCCGCUUGUGCGUGUCGCUGCGCGUCUUCCCCGGCCCCACGGUGUCGCUGCCGCUGUCAAUUACGACUGACGACAUGUGCAACGCCGGCAUCGACUUUGCGGCCAUGGUGAACGACAACGUGCUGUCACAGGCCGUGACGGAGCCGGGCGGCGGCGACUUUGAGGCCUUCGUGCCGCCCGACGGCGAGGACGAGACCGCCUGCAGCGCGGUGUGGAACGUGGACACCAACACGAACCCCUUCACCACCAUGUGCGGCGACUUCACGCCCGGCGGCGACGCGAUUCGCAUGCUGAACGAGAUGAGCGUCGACGACUGGUCGCAGUUCUUUUACUUCCUGCGUGGCGACGACCCAUGCGCACGCAAGCUGGCAGGCAUGACCUCCGUUGUCUACUUUGAGCCAUUGCCGGCGUCCUGCUUCGCGCACGAGCCCAUUGUGUCGCCGGCGUGCGCGCUGGAUGCGCCGCCGUCGAGCCCAGAGCCGCUCAGCGCAGAGCCGCCCAGCCCGGAGCCACCCAGCCCAGAGCCGCCUAGCCCAGAGCCGCCGUUGCCAGCCCCGCCCAGCCCCCAUCCCCCCAGCCCAGCCCCACCCAGCCUCGAGCCGCCCAGCCCAGCGCCACCCCACCCGUCUCCUAGCCUGCCGCCACCCUCUCUGCCCCCUCCCAGCCCGCCUCCGCCACACCCUCCGCCGCCACCGUACCCUGAACCACCCAGCCCCCCGCCACCCAGCCCGGAGCCGCCAUCACCACACCCUCCCAACCCGCCGCCAUCCCCGGCUCCUCCGUCUCCUGCGCCGCCCAGCCCCUCGCCACCUCCGCCCAGCCCGCCGCCGCCGAGCCCCGAGCCGCCGUCGCCGCCGCAGCUGCCGCCGCCUCCUCCCCUCCUGCCGGAGCAGUUUAUUGUCACCGUCAACACAGGCGGCGGCACCGCGGCCUCGUGUGCACGCAUACAGAAGUUUGUUAACGACACCAGCAUUGCUGCCAUCGGCUCGCUGCCGGACCUUUUCAGGUGCCGCAACGUGACCAGCUCGCGCUCCUCGCCCACGCCCGCCUACUCCGCCACCAGCAUCUUCGCCACGCAAGGAAAGGCCAUGUCCGUCAUGAAUGCGGUGCAGGCCAACAUGAGCGCCUUCGUGCUGGCGGUGGCAGUGGGAUGCGGCGGCAACGUACUCACCGCCAGCACCGACACCAUCUCCUUCUUCCUGUGCGGCGGCGGCGCCACGGGCGGCAGCAACGUGCCGGAGCUGUGCUGCCCGCCGCCGCCGCCCCUGCCGCCCAGUCCCCAGCCACCGCAGCCGCCGAGCCCAGAGCCGCCGCAGCCGCCACAGCCGCCCAGCCCAGAGCCGCCCAGCCCGGAGCCGCCCUCCCCUGCGCCCCCAUCACCUGCCCCGCCCCACCCGGCUCCGCCCCACCCUCCGCCCUCGCCUGCGCCGCCCUUGCCCGCGCCGCCGGGCCCGCCGCGCCCGCCGCCGCCCUCGCCUCCUCGGCCGCCGUCACCACAGCCGCCGCCCUCCCCGCCGCCGCCCGCGCCCACCGCGUCCAUCGAGGUCCGCAUGUCCGGACUCAACCUGGCCGACAUCCCCGACCUCGACGCCUUCAAAACCCAGAGCGCCGCCGAGGUCAAAAACGCCACGAGUGCCGCCACCGCCACCACCAUCUACGUACUGCCCGGCAGCAUCGUGGCAGGCUUCCAGCUCACGUUCCUGGCAACGCCGGCGGCGCCGCCGCCGCGGCCACCGCCGCCUCCCGGCGCGACAGGUGCCGCGCCGCCGGAGCCGCCUGCGCCGCCGCCUGCGGACCCCUUGGCGGCGCUGAUGGAGCUGGCGGCUGAGCCUGACCGCCUGUUCAGCCCGGCGUUCAGGGCGAUCUAUAACGUCAGCACUGUGACUGCUUUCGUGGUGGCCAUGCCGCCGCUGGCGCCGCAGCAGCAGGCGCGGUUGCCGCCACCCGGCGACGCUCAGGGCGAGACCCUCAUCAGCCCGCCGCCGCCGGCGGUCAUUCCGCCGCCCGUCGCAAGCGCCUCCAGUGCCAACGUGGCGCCCAUUGUGGUCGCCGCCGUGGUGCCAGCGGUGGCGUUGAUCGGCCUGGCGGGCGGACUUUACUACUGGAACAAGAGACGUCACCUGGACCGCGCCAUGGCCGAGCUGAUGGCGGUGGAGGUGGAGGGCGAGGUGCACGUGGACAGCGGCGGACCGGACGGCAGCGGCGGCAGCGCAGACAGCAUGGGCCUGCGCGGCAUACGGCCCAUUGCCACACAGGAGGUGCUGCCAGCUGAGCGACGCUGAGGGCGCGGCUGGCGAUAAGGUGCAAGCGCGCCAUAGCUCGGAGUUUUUGUUUGCAGGUGCAGCUGGGAGCGCGACAGCUUGAUGCUGUGGGCAGUUGGGCGCCUGGCGGCGGGCGUUGCUCAAGGUGGAUUGAGGCUCAGAGGUUGGGCUCGUCGUCGGUGUUGCAGAGCAAAGGAAAUGAUGAGGAAGCAGCCAUGCUGCUCGUGCACAGCACACUGGCAGUAGUUCAGAGCUCACCUGACUACCUGAGGGCCUACCGCGUGGCCCUGGUGGCUGGUGGUAGUGGAAGCUUAGGUGUUCAGAGUGAGUACGGGUAUUAGGUAUGUCAUCAAGGAAGGAUGUUGACAAUGGGCUGCACUAUGCAGUAGAAUACCUGGGGUAUUAUCACGCGCGGUUACGGUAACUUGAGGACUCGUGGGUAGCGUAAAUCUCAGGUAAUGGGAACGCAAUGUGUGCUAGCACUGCUGAGGUAGGCAUCGCUGCAGGUCAAGUACCAUGGGUGUCACACAGUUAGGCGUCAGGUCUUCACUGAGCAUAUGCAUGUGCAUUCCGGCGGCAGCGCUGGCUGCGGUGCUUGUUGCAGGUGCUGCACACGUGGGCAGCGCGUGUUCGCCGGGGCUGUACUCGUGGGGUGCUACCAUAUUCGUGUCGUCGGCUGGCAGUGAAGCUGUGCUGCGCGCAAGAGAAGAUCGUUAAGGCAAGGCUGCCGAAGUAGGAAGCCUUUGGGAGAAAGGAAGCUGGGUGAGAAGCCGUAGCAGUCAUGCGAGGUGUGGCGUAUGCAUUCAGGCUGGCUCCUGCCGGUAAUGCGCAAGCCGUUCUGUAGCUAAAUUCUUAGUGCUAGGCAAUACUGCAAUAGUCAUGUCGAAGGCAGACCGAGCGUAAAAUUACGCGGGUAUUAUACUAAGCCGUCUGAGGUGAGGCUGCGCGGGGCCGUGACCUCUGACCUGACACGAAUAGCCGUACUUGCUGGUGCGUCGAGAUGAUGCCUCCCUCCUGUUUAAGGCCAAGGUGCCGUUUGUGUAUCUGGGAGCUCCAGGAAAUUCAAGUA